CUUUCUCCCACAGCUCAUCCUCUUACUCUUCGUCACCAUGCCGAUCAUCCACCCAAAUUCCUCCACCCUGCCCGUGACGGACUACCCCACCCCCUCCCCCUACACAAACUCCACCCUCAACCCCAUCGGCGUCGCCGCCAUCGACUUCUUCAACGACCUGCUGAACAAAAUCCCCUUGCCCCGGUGGGCGGUCUACGCCAUCUUUGUGGCCGGAGGUCUGCUGAUCCUCCUCUGCUGUCUGUGUAUCUGCAUCAAGUGCUGCUGCAAAGGGAAGAAGAAGAAGAAGCAGCAGCAGCAGCAGAAGGAGAAAGUCAAUCUGAAGGGAGUGGACGGAAAAACCACCACAGCUCUGGUUCAGCCGGAUGUGGCAGACUACGGCUCGGCCAAUCAGCAGAGAGGAAAGCUGCUCUACUCUCUGGACUACAACGCUGCUCAGUCGGAGCUCACGGUUGGGAUCAAACAAGCCAACAACCUGAAGGCCAUGGACCUGGGAGGAAGCUCGGACCCGUACGUCAAAGUCUACAUCGGCCCCGACAAAUCCAAAACCUUUGAGACCAAAGUGUUCAAAAGCACGCUGAACCCCGCCUUCAACGAGCAAUUCACCUUCCAGAUAUCCAAGUCCUCCCUGCUGAAGUCGACGGUGGUGAUGAAGGUUUUUGACUUCAACAGAUUCUCCAAGCACGAAAUCAUCGGGGAGAUCCGGGUGGAGCUGUGCAACGUGGACUGGAACCACGUCAUCGAGGAGUGGCAGGACCUCGGCGAGCCCGCCAAGUUUGAGGAAGAAAACCUUGGCGAGCUCUGCUUCUCCCUGCGUUACGUUCCCACCGCCGGCAAACUGACCGUGGGGAUCCUGGAGGCCAAAAACCUGAAGAGCAUGGACACCGGAGGAACUUCAGAUCCGUACGUGAAGGUGCAGUUGGCUCUGGACAAGAGGAAGUGGAGGAAAAAGAAGACGUCGGUUAAGAAGAAGACGCUGAACCCGUAUUACAACGAGUCCUUCACCUUCGACGUGUCCUUCGAACAAAUCCAGAGGGUGCACCUGGUGAUCUCGGUGUGGGACCACGACGCCCUGACCCGGAACGACGCCAUGGGGAAGAUCUUCCUGGGCUGCGACGCCGCGGGGAACCAGCUGCGGCACUGGGCCGACAUGUUGUCCAACCCGCGGCGCCCGGUCGCUCAGUGGCACAGCCUGCUGACGCCGGAGCAGGUCAACUCCACCCUGGUGCUGAAGAAGAAGAUCCCCCUCCAGAGCAAGCUGCCGUUCCUCGGCGGGCCGCCGACGUGAAGGCGGCUCCAACGCAUCAGAACGAGAUUUUAAAAAAGAGUUUUAUGAUCAUUUCUCAGCUGAUUGAUUACUUUGUAUUUCACUGUGUUUUACUGUAACUUCAGUAUUUUUUUAAACCUGGACACUGUUUUCCAUGUUUUUGUGACUGAUCGUAACAACAAUAUGUGAAACUGGUCCAGUUCUUGUCCACUAAAAGCUGUUUUUUCCGCUGACAGACUCAGAUUAUUAUUCUAAGAGUCUCACAACAUUAUGAAAGGAUCCCUACAGAGAUAGACCUUUUUGUUAAAGGGGAACUAUGCAGGUUUUUUAGCUUAAUUUACAUUAACUCAACAGCUUCGGAGUCAUUGGAUGGUUAUAGGACUUUUUUUCGAGUUGAAUGGGGGUCAUCUCGCUCCCCCCUAGCGUCUGUGAGC